GUUGAAACAUAUGACCCGUUAUACAGUGGGUAAAAGGGUGAAUGACUUACAUAAUAAACAAGUCAGUGAAAUACGUAAAGCGAUGAACAGUGCACGUUACGUUUGCACAACAGCCGACAUUUGGACUGGUUCAAAUAGGAGAUUUCUAGGUGUUACUGCUCACUGGAUUGACGAAAAAACUCUAGACAGAAAAUCGGCAGCUUUAGCAUGCAGGCGAUUUCCCGGUACUCAUUCGUUUGACAAUAUUGCGGAGAUGUUAGAAGGAAUCCAUACAACAUUUGGAUUAACAUUUGAUAAAAUUAUAGCUACAGUUACGGAUAAUGGAUCUAACUUUGUGAAGGCUUUCCAGGAAUUUGGUAUAGAUGACCCAAAAUGUUUUUCACAAGUUUGUUUUAGUUAUUCGAAAAGACUACCCGUUGCGGAACCACGCGCGGCACAGGCGGAACGAGCGGUAGCGGAAGCGCAGCCGCCUCAGGGCAUACCAGCAGCGGCAUCUGCACCACGGGAGACCGAACUCCCAUGCAUGUCGCCCACGCCGUUAAUGUCGGCAUUACAGCUCCCUAUAACAACUCCCGCGCCUCCUCCGCUAAUAGACGCGAUCGCGGAAUUCGUGGGAUACGACUUCCCGAUCGGUCCGGUGGAUCAGCCUUCCGACGAUUUCGAGUGA